AGAUCCGAAUCCGCUCGAGCGUUUAUUUUUUGGCAGCAGACGGAGACACAAAGGAAAAUGUUCUCGCAAUCAGAUCGCGAGUAGAGUCCGAAGACGGAGCACUGAAAAUUGUUUAGCCGUCUCCUCAGUGAAAUUUCAACCGCGGGGCAUUACGCAAACACACAGAUUAGUUGGAGAUCUAUUGGAUAUCUUCGGACUGCUGGGGGAAAUCGCUUUCGAUGGCUUCCAGUUCGCUGACAUCCUGCGCCCUGUGCCAGGCGAAGGCAUCCCAGCUAUGCGCCGCUUGCAGGAAUGUGGUCUACUGCAGUCGGGAGCACCAGAAGGAGCAUUGGAAGAAAGGUCACCGGUCGGAAUGCAAGUGCUUCGAAGUGGCCACCAACGAGAUCUUGGGCAGGCAUCUAAAGGCCACCAGGGACAUUAAAAUCGGCGAGCAAAUCCUGAAGGAGGCUCCCUUGGUGCUGGGACCCAAGGUCGCCUCGGCUCCACUCUGCCUGGGCUGCCACCGGAAUCUAUUGGCUCCCGAGAAGCCCCAGGGAAACUACUACAAAUGCAGCUCCUGCAGUUGGCCGCUGUGUGGAAAGAAUUGCGAGGAUUCUCCGCACCACAAGGCCGAGUGCCAGCUAAUGUCGAGCAGCAAUUUCCAGUCCAAAAUUAAUUACACUCCUGGCGAGGAGGAGCGCAAGGAGUCGGCCUACUGUGUGAUCAUGCUGCUGCGUUGCAUGCAACUGAAAGCCAAGGACCCCGAGGCUUUCGUUCAGCUCUACACCCUGGAGGAUCACCUCAAGGAGCGCUUGGAGACUCCUUUGUACCAAGUUCUGCGGGCCAAUCUCAUUACCUUCAUAAAAACCGUUUUGGGUUUGAGGGACUGGUCCGAGUUGGACAUUCUGCGCAUUGCCGCUAUAUUGGACACAAACACCUUUGAAGUUCGGCAGCCCAGGGAAAGGCGGAAAAUCCGAGCCCUGUUUCCCGGAGCUGCCAUGAUCUCGCACGAUUGUGUGCCCAAUAUGAGGCAUCGCUUCGACGACGACAUGAACAUUGUGUUCCUGGCCAAGCGGAAGAUAGCCAAGGGUGAGAUCCUGAGUAUUUCCUACACCCAGCCCCUGAGGAGCACCAUCCAACGCAGGGUGCAUUUGCGGCAGGCCAAGUGCUUCGACUGCUCCUGCGCCAGGUGUCAGGAUCCCGAGGAGCUGGGCAGCUUUGCGGGGGCUCAAACGUGUCUGAAGUGCAAGGCAGGAAAGAUCAUCUCACUGAAUCCCCUUCAAAAUUCCGCCGUUUGGAAGUGCCAGCUCUGCAACCUCAAGAGAUCAGCCAAAGAGGUGGUCACUUCGGAUGCAGAGCUUCAGCAGGAGUUGGAAUCGCUGGACAAGACAACACCCGUGGCUCUUGAGGAGUUCAUAUAUCGCCAUCGUGCUGAUCUGCAUGAAACCAAUACCCACAUUUUGCAAGCUAAAUACGCUUUAACCCAACUAUAUGGAUCCGCACCGGGAUUCGCAAUGGAGGAACUUUCUGAAGAAUCGCUUAACAGGAAAGUGCAACUAUGCGAGGAGCUCCUUAAUUUGGCCAACCUUUUCGAUGGUGGUUGGAGUAUUUUCCGAGGAAAUCUUCUCAUAGACAUGGAAGAGGCUUUGGUGGCCCAGGCUCUACGCUCAGAAGAUCCAGUGGAGUGCGAAGAGAAGCUGAGAAGAGCGGCGGAAAUGCUCAGGGAAAUUCGAAACAUCAUGAAACACGAGCCGGAAAUGCAGCAGUUGCUAUUAGAACGCCAAGUCAUCUUGAAUUCGGCCCUAGAGCGAUUUGACCAAGUUGAAAAUUAAAUACAUAUAACUUUUUUGCUAUUGUUUCUAGAAAA